CCUCUUCACUGCAGCGCUCUCAGCACUUGAUUAGCUCUCGCGAUUUUUCUCGUUUUCUAUUGUUAUUUCUCCUCUAACCGUCGUUUUUGCAGGGACUCCUUCUAGAUUCGUGAUCUUUGUGAUCUCUCUUUUCUUCUGCUUAUUAUUUCUUUUUUCUAUUGUAUAUUCUGUUUUGUUUUUGUUGCGCUUCGUUUUGUGUUUUGAAUAAUGGAUGCAGGGUCUUUGAGUUCUUCCGCAAAUUUGAAAACACAAUCUCGUUGCCCUCUUCAGGAACAGUUUAUUCAGAGAAAGAGUUCCCGAGAAAAUUUGGAUAGAUUUAUACCAAAUCGUUCAGCCAUGGACUUCGAUUACGCACACUACAUGCUCACAGAAGGGGCAAAAGGUAAGGAAAAUCCCUGCGCGACCUCACCCUCAGCCUACAAGAAGCAGCUUGCAGAAGCCAUGAACAUGAACCGGACGCGAAUUUUAGCUUUCAAGAACAAGCCGCCUGAACCAGUUGAAUUAAUCCCACGCGAGUCCACCACAACUCUUCAUGAUAAAUCCGCUAAGCCCAGACGGUUUAUUCCUCAGAGUUCCGAGAGGACAUUGGAUGCUCCAGACCUUGUGGAUGAUUAUUACCUAAAUUUACUUGAAUGGGGAAGCAGCAAUGUUCUAGCAAUAGCACUUGGAAACACAGUGUACUUAUGGGACGCUAGUACCGGAUCUACUUCCGAACUUGUCACUGUCGAUGAUGAAAACGGGCCUAUCACCAGCAUUAGCUGGGCUCCAGAUGGAAGGCAUAUCGCUGUGGGCUUGAACAAUUCCGAAGUGCAACUUUGGGACACCGCUUCAAAUCGACAGUUGAGAACUCUGAGAGGUGGUCAUAGGCAGCGAGUGGGGUCUCUGGCAUGGAACAAUCACAUACUCACUACAGGAGGAAUGGAUGGUAGAAUUGUGAACAACGAUGUAAGAAUUAGAUCGCACAUUGUCGAAACCUACAGAGGACAUGAACAAGAGGUUUGUGGGCUGAAAUGGUCAGCCUCAGGUCAACAAUUAGCCAGCGGAGGAAAUGACAAUCUGCUUUUCAUAUGGGACAGAGCUAUGGCCUCUUCUAACUCAGCUACACAAUGGCUUCACAGACUAGAAGAACACACAUCUGCAGUAAAAGCUCUUGCUUGGUGCCCUUUCCAAGGAAACUUGCUCGCUACUGGUGGGGGAAGUGGAGAUAGAUGCAUUAAGUUCUGGAAUACCCACACUGGUGCUUGCUUGAACUCAGUUGACACUGGGUCUCAGGUUUGUGCCCUGUUGUGGAACAAGAAUGAGAAGGAGUUACUCAGCUCUCAUGGAUUUACUCAGAAUCAGCUGACACUUUGGAAAUACCCAUCAAUGGUCAAAUUGGCUGAGCUCAAUGGUCAUACCUCUAGAGUUCUUUAUUUAGCUCAGAGCCCAGAUGGUUGUACAGUGGCAUCAGCAGCAGCAGAUGAAACAUUGAGAUUCUGGAAUGUAUUUGGAGCUCCAGAAGCAACCAAGCCUGCUCCAAAAGCAAGAUCUGAGCCAUUCUCAAAUGUUAACCGAAUUCGUUGAGUUGCUCAAUCCUUGAACUCUCACCAUCCAAGGUGCACAAACAUACAGACAACACAAGAUACAAAUAACAACAAGGACACUUCAAACGGUCCAAUACCAUGAUCGUCUUUUUUCACUGAUUGUGAAUGCUUCCAUAGUUUCAACAUAUAAUUUAGUAUAGCUUUGAGUUUUGAUGUACAUUUUCUUGUAAUAAUCAGUCUAAGUUUUGAAAAGUACAACUUUUUGUUGUCUGUCAUGUGAUGAUAGCAAAAACCAAAUGCUCUAAAAGGGUCUUCAAACUCAUGCAUACAUUCUUGUGUAACUUUGCCUGUGGUUCACUCCUGUUUGAAACUUGUGUAUCUUGUAAACCGCCAGAUUUAUGGAAAAUAUGGAAGGUUUCUUAUUGUUAAACAGACAAUUUU